AUGCAGCAGAUCUCUCUCAAGGACGCCAAUGCACAAGGCAUGCCUAUUUCCGGCCACAGUACACCAAUAAAUCGGGACCGACUCCCUAAAUCGGGUGCUCUAGGGCCGGCCCCUAGCGCUAGAGGCGGCCUAGCAUUCGCACUAGUGCUUAUUAAGCCUACAUGUAUGGCGCUGGAGCCAGAGUAUUUCAGAUUCGACGAGGAUGAGUCAUCAGUCGAAGACUACCAUUUCGAGCCCGCGGACAAUGAAGACUGGUACAUCCAGGGAAUUGAAGAGGAGGAGGAGGUGCUGGUGCUGGUGGAGGAAAGAAGGCACGAUCACUGCAUCCAGAGCGCCUCUGAACCCGAGAGCCCAGCGGCUGGGUCAUUACAGGGCGACACGCCAGAGCCAUUGUCAACAAGUCCGCAGAUUUCUGAGCAAAAGGUCUUUGCUUCAGGCCAGCACCGUAUUUAG